UACAAGGCAACAUCAAACAGGAAGUUACACACAACAAACAGGAAAUAGUGCACUUGCGGCUGAGGGACGUUAUUUACGUAAUACAAAACACCCAGUAGAAAUGUGCACAAUGUAAACAAAGGUUUACAGUAGGUGGAGUAGGAAUAAACGAGUCAUUCGACUCACUAGAUUACAAGAGCACACUUAAUCAUUUCCCCCCCAUUCAUUUGUGCUCCUUAGUGGACCAACAAAUUGGACUGUUUUGUCUUGAUAACCGGUACCUUCCUCUGGAUCUCCCACACGUUAAUGAAGUUCUUGCCCAGCUGAGCCGACACCAGGUAUUCGCCGUUUAGGACGCACAGCGUCCGGGCCGAGCUGUUCCCUCCACGAUAGGACAGCAGGCUGGACCCGCUGUGUAAGUCGAACACGGUGCUGUUCCACAGCUGCGAGCUCGAAUCACUGCUCAGAACCACCUCCAAUGGCGCCGCCAUCUUGGAUUGCCUCACAGUAAGCCGCACGCGCAGAAACGCGGGAUGAUGGUAUUGUCUCCCCUCCCCCCUUGGUUGGUGUGAGUCUGUGAGCCUGGUUGCCACGACAGAAGCAGUGCCAGGAAGAAACUCAGAUGAAUCGAAGCCGCAUCCAGAUGAGAGCCAACCAUGACCUUCUGACCCCCGACACACACGCAGUUGCCAAGAUCAGUCCAGUUCUCCAGCUGAGGUCAGAGGGUGUGGCCGUAUUGUCCGGUGAGCCAAGUGACACCUCCAAGUUGACGAGGUCGUGUCCGGCAAGUCACCGUCUACGUUUUGAAGAUGAGACGGAGGCUGAGGCUGACUCCCGUUAUUUGGACCGGCAGAGACAACGUACAAGCCAUCGAUUCACAGGCAACCUGGUCUGCAAGCCCAAACUCAGUUUGUACGUCAACAGCAGGAAGGAUGCAGGCCUUGAGGCCAAUGGAGCCACGAGCGCAAGAGCAGUUUUAUCGGGGGUUAAUCCAAUCCAGGGCCCAUACAGACUGGACCUGUGGACUGAGCCAAUCAAAGAAACUCACAUUGGUUUGGUCACACCCCCGGACAGCUGUAGAAGAGGAGACGUGGCGACCGGACGACUCCGCGUACGGACAAGAAGAACUGAUCAGAUACAAGUCGGUGGAAACCGAGCCCCUCUCAAGGCCACACCCACCAAAGACCUGCCUAUAAAUCCUUAUUCCCCUGACCUGUUGCCCUCUGGUCAAAUUCUGAAGCAGUUCCAUGAGGAGCAUCAGCGAGAGGUCCAGGAGAAGAAGCCUUAUCGAGAUGCUGGAAGCCACAAGUCAUCCACAUCUGAGAUAGCAGUGAACAAACAAAGCCUCCCUCCCUCAGGGAACACCAAUGAUGGACAAGUCAGAGAGCCAAUGGGGGAAGAGCUUCAUCUUCCUCAGCCAUUCGGUUGCAGGCAGCACUCCUCUCGUCUGUCUCUUCGUCGUCUCUUCUCCAGCAUUGCUGCACGGAGGGCUCGAACCGGCAGCCUGGACCGACUGACUGCGAAGCCUCGGCCAACUUCUGAUCCCGCCCCCAACCGAUACCAGCACCAAACGAUGCCAGUUGGGUCUGCGAAUGAGGCGAGAGCAGCUCGGAAGGUAGGAAGUGAAGUCCUUCAACAGCUUCUCUCUUGCUGUCACGUCAACAUCAAAACCCGUUUGGAGUUCUGUAAGUCACUGUGUGCUCAUCAAGUAAAAAAGAUAUGAGUGGACCCGUUGACCUCUUGUGACAGUAGAGAUGACCUUUGUUUAAUUUGUAAAUGACUUCGCUACACAAACAAAAAAAUGGCGUUUUAAGGGCAAAGAUUUUUUUCUUGUGUGUUUCACUUUAUUGUUGAUACAGAGUAUCAGCUGCCAAGUUUCAUCAUCACUGAAACUUUAUUGUAUUCUUCUUACUGUCACACACAGAAUACUUUCCAGAAACAUGUUAGUACGGUCGUGAGUGUCAUGAGAAAUGUAAUUAUUAUUACUGUUAGGGUUACUUCCUGUUGUGUUGAGGCAACCAAAGGAAAGGUGUCAGUCACUUAUGUCAAAAAAGCAAUAAAAGAAACACAUAUGAAGAGCAAACAAACAAUUUUAGUGUUAUUCAAUAAAAGUGUCGUUGACUAACGUUGCUGGAGGUGCUUUCAAGUUCAGAGACAAAAAAAAAAACAAAAAAAAACCUUUGUCCAUCGAAGUCUGAAUUGUUAAAAAUUGCAAACUUUGACCUCCAGUUUACAGAUGCAGGAUGAAGGUCUGUCAAUCAGAGGAUGAAGAGCAGGAGGAGGAUAACGAAGAGGAUGGCGAGCAGCACACCUAUGGCGCACCACUGGCGGCGAUCUGCAGACAGAUCGAUCAAUAAGAUCAAUAAGUACUAGGGGUGUAACAAGGGUUAGGUUUCCUUUACAUAUCAUCAAAUGCCAGGCAGCAAAAAAAAGUUUGGGAAAAGUUUGUCAUAAUCUAUCUCAAUAAUUGUAUUUUUUAAUAAAUAUAGGCCGCACAGUGGUCUAGUGGUUUGCAUGUUCUCCCUGUCCAUGUGUGCGUACACAGGCUUCCUCACACAUUGCAAAAUAUGCAAUUUAAUCUAUAGGUGUGAAUGUGAGUGCGACUGUCUGACGACCAGUCCAGAGUGUACCCUGUCCCUCACCGGAAGACAGCUGGGAUAGGACAAUCGGUAUAAAAAAUGGCUGGCUGGAUGAAUAUUAUAAUAUUAAUAUUAAUAUUAUAAUACCGGGGCCAAUGAAGAACAAGCAGCAGGCAAAAUGGCCUCUGGGUCACACUGUGGACAACACUGGUCUACAUCCAGAGUGUACUCUGCUUCUCACCCAAAGUCGGCUGGGAUAGACUCCAGCAAACCCCUGCAAUCCUAGUGAGAAUUGACUGAUGUGCAGUGUUUAUUGACGCAUAGCAAGAGGCAUCAAACCC